AUUUUAUAAAGUGUUCCAUUUUAUUUUUCAGUUCUAACUAAAGUUGGCAGCUAUAGGGUAGAAAGGAUGAACCAGUAUCUACAAUCAGUUAAUACUGCAUAGAGAAUGCGUACAAUGUGUACAGGGUGAAUGCAGGAGGCCAGGUGAGGGGGAGGAAGAGUGAGCUGCAGUUCAGGCCAAAAAGGGAAUGUAAUGGGAAACUUAGGAUACUUUGGAACACAACCCACUUCCUGCUGCAGGCACAGCUCACAUUUUUUAGCCACAUGCAGAUAUCUGGCCCAGAACAGCGCUUCAUCCACAAUAAUGAUUUUCCUAACCUGUUCCUCCAAACUGGCUACCCUGAGAAAACUACUGAGCCACAGCUUCCCAGAGUCACUAAAGGUUUAUGGAGCAUUGCAUUAUGUGAUUGACAAAAACCCAUUCAGACUGCAGGUCCUGGUGGACCAGUGGCCGGACUUCGCUUCUGUCAUUUGCCGCCCCUUCCUGGAGGAGAUGAAAAACCCAUUGGAUCAAUACACCAACACCUAUUUUGUGUUCAGUAAAGACCCAAAGAGCCUGAGUCACAUGCUGCAAGAUCCACAGACUGUAAACUGGAGUCAGAAGUUUCAGAUACAAGGUUGUCAGGCAGCACUGGAGGAAGUCAUUCACGCAGUACUCUCCAAGCAUGGAGGCCAUAUGAUGACUGUGAGUAACGUGUUAUACAUGAGAGACAAGAAGAUAAGUUCAGAUGAAGUGGAAGCACUCUGCAAUACAAGAUACAAAAUAAGUGACCUGCAGUUUUCGCCAUUGAACCAAGAUGAAGCACCUCUAGUAAAUGCACAGUGGAUAUUUGGCGGUAAUGAACUAAGUGAAAAUUAUAUCAAACGAUGUAUCCAGACAUUUUCCACCUUGUGUGCCAGAGUACCUGAUGUGCCAAAGCCUGUAGGCUGGGCGGUGAGUGAGCAGUCAGCGGAAAUACGUAUGGGGUAUACUGAGAGCUCCUACCGUAGUCAGAGACUGUUUGGCAAUGUAGCAACAAGACUGAUGGCUAUACAGCAAUUGAGAGGGGCCCCAAUCUACUGCCAUGUGUCACCCGACAACAAGAAGAGCCAAUCCGCAUGUAUGGCAGUUGGAUAUGUUCCAGUGGGAAGAUGGAAACAGUGGAGCUUUAAGCCCAGCUAAUGAAAUACUCAUAAAAUAAAUAUAUAUAAAUAAAA